AUGGCAUUCACACCUGGAGGCGGACGCGGUGGACGUGGCGGAGGCGAUCGCGGUGGAAGAGGAGGCUUUUCUCGAGGCGGCCGUGGAGGAGGAGACCGUGGAGGCCGGGGUGGAGGCAGAGGUGGAUUUGGCGGCGGCGACAGAGGACGUGGAGGAGGAGGUCGUGGACGAGGUGCACCUAGAGGCAGAGGAGCUCCUCGUGGCGGCAGAGGCGGUGGUCCAGGCGCAAAGGGCGGCCAAAAGGUCAUCAUCGAGCCACACAGACACGCCGGCGUCUUCGUCGCACGCGGCAAGGAAGACUUGCUCGUCACCAAGAACCUGACACCCGGCGAGGCCGUCUACGGCGAAAAGCGCAUCUCCAUCGACACACCCGCAACGACCACCGGCGAUGCGACCAACGGCGACGCACCCCUCACCACCAAGACCGAGUACCGUGUAUGGAACCCCUUCCGAUCAAAGUUGGCAGCAGGUAUUCUGGGUGGUAUGGACAACAUCUACAUGGGCCCAGGCAAGAAAGUUCUCUACCUCGGUGCCGCAUCAGGAACAUCCGUCUCGCACGUUGCAGACAUCGUCGGCCCAACCGGAACUGUCUACGCCGUCGAGUUCUCGCACCGUUCAGGCCGUGAUCUGAUCAACAUGGCUACGCACCGCACCAACGUCAUCCCCAUCGUCGAGGACGCCCGUCACCCGCUCAAGUACCGCAUGCUUGUCGGUAUGGUUGACUGCAUAUUCGCCGACGUUGCCCAGCCCGAUCAGGCCCGUAUCGUCGGGAUCAACGCUCACCAGUUCCUGAAGGUCGGCGGUGGAGUCGUAGUCUCCAUCAAGGCCAACUGUAUCGAUUCUACUGCCGCACCUGAAGCUGUCUUUGCACGAGAAGUUGUCAAGCUCAGAGAGGAGCGCAUCAAGCCAAAGGAGCAGCUUACUCUCGAGCCUUUCGAGAGAGACCACGCUAUGGUCGCUGGUAUCUACCAACGAGCGCAGUAG